AUGUCCGGCUGGAUUCAAAGGCAGACAAACUCUCCCUAUGUGCAGUUGGCAGGUGUUGCAGUUCUCUCCGGUGCGGCUGUUGCUGGUGCCAUUUUUGGAUAUCAGUCCAUGAAGAGGCAAGCGGCAGUACAGAAAUUGAAAGCGUCCAUUCCGGAACUUGACGAGCAGUAUACAACACAGAAGCUUACAGAAUUCGGACUAGCAACGCCGCCGAACCCUAGUAAAGAAGAUGAACGAGGUACUACUCUUGCUCGAAGAGCUCAAGCCGGGGACUAUGAUGAUGGUACACUGUUUUUCCUCUUUGGUACAUCCACAUACAAAGAUCGAGUGCUAAUCCCACUCUUUGUCACAAUUACAGAUUUAAUCCUAGAACAACUUGCUCGAAAUCGCGUCUUCCUUACCGACGAUGGGUUAGCAAAACUUCGCUCCUCAUUCAUAAUAAUUGUGGGAUGUGGAGGCGUCGGCUCUCAUGCUGCUGCAGCCCUGGCGCGCUCUGGAGUGUCCCGGAUCCGUUUGAUAGACUUCGAUCAGGUCACCCUUUCGUCAUUAAAUCGACAUGCUGUUGCAACUCUUUCAGAUGUGGGUACGCCAAAAGUCCAAUGCAUGCGAAAGAGGCUGGAGCAAAUAGUGCCUUGGGUCCGGUUUGACUGCCGGGAUGAACUGUAUAGUCAAACCGCCGCGGAUGCUUUACUAGGCCCGUGGAACAUGCAAGGUGACAAGGUGGCGCGGAAGCCAGACUAUGUUCUGGACUGUAUUGAUAACAUUUCGUCCAAGGUCUCCCUCCUUCACUACUGCCACUCCCACAACAUCCCCGUCAUCUCUUCCAUGGGCGCAGGAUGUAAAUCCGACCCCACUCGCAUCGCAAUAGGCGAUAUCUCCUUGAGCGCCGAGGAUCCUCUCUCCAGAAGUACGCGGCGUCGAUUGAAGGCACUUGGGGUAAACUCAGGAAUUCCAGUGGUUUUCUCUACCGAAAAGCCUGGUCCCGGAAAGGCUGCUUUACUGCCUCUGGCUGAGGAAGAGUUUGCGAAAGGGGAGGUUGGCGAGCUCGGUGUUCUCCCGGAUUUUCGGGUGCGAAUACUCCCCGUCGUCGGCACGAUGCCAGCUGUAUUUGGAUAUACCCUCGCCAACCAUGUUAUUUGCGAAAUAUCUGGAUAUCCCAACGAGUACAACGCGGGUGCCAAAGGCCGAGAAAAGAUGUAUGACAGCAUCUUGGGAGCGCUGCAGGGGAUGGAGGAACGCAUAGCGAAAUUCGAAUCUGGCCAAGAUCCUGUCGGACUACGCAUACCCAUUAACAAGGAUGAUGUCGCUUACUUGAUCGAGGAAGUGUGGAGAGGAAAAAGCGUCGUCACCGGCUUGGCUACACGGCUGAUGUUGGUGCGUUGGAAGCAGCCGGAGCAUGGAUUUGGUCCUGAUCCGCUCUGGGAGCAGGAAGGGCAAAGGGGAGCGCGACUUGACCUGAAAGAACUGGUUUGCAUGACUAAGGAGGAAGCGCUGCGACAUGAACGGGAAGCUCUCAAAGGUGGUAAGGCUGUCGAGGACUUAUAUGAUGAGAAAGUAAUUCGGAAAGUCGAGGAGCGGAUACGUGAGCAAGAGGUUUACGAAAGAUAUAGAUAA